CCACUCACCAUCGUCAACCACUUACGACAACCGCCAGAAUGAUGCGAGGAGAGAUUCCUACACGGCACCACAGGGCCUUUGGCCAGCGAAGACUCGCAAAGAACCCAAAUCUUCAACGAAAGCUCGAACAGAUGGCUCUUCCACUUGCACCUCUUGUCCAGCUCACCACAGGCGCUGUCCAUCCAUCAUUUCCCACCACGGUCCUCAACUUUUGGCUCCUCACCGAUGAGCAGCUAGAGUCUCUUGCACACUUCUACCACCAGAGGACGCCAUCGCCUUGGACAAAUCAGUACCCCUGCCCAGUCACCUGGAGGUCCGAUCUGCCUCUCGAGGAGAAGCGACGCAAGAUGGGCAAGUUUAUUGGUCUCAGGGGCUGUGAAUCUCCCAUCCUUCUCAAGACGGAGGAGGAGAUCCUGGCAGAGGCACGAAAGGCGAGACUUGCAGCCGAAGAGGAUCUUUGGAGGCGAAAGCACUUUUCCUAAUGCAUCAAGCAAGCC